AUGUUCCAAGAGCAGCUGGCGGAGAAGGUUCGACCCUUCAUAGACUUAAUAGAUGACAUGAGAUCCAUAGGGAUAGAUAAGGAGCUGCCACUGCCAGCCAUUGCUGUGGUGGGAGACCAGAGUUCAGGAAAGAGCUCUGUGCUUGAGUCCCUUUCUGGGGUGGCACUGCCCAGAGGGACUGUAACAGCUCAGAACACGUUAGCUGGAAAGGGAYUGGGGAUAUGUGAAGACCUGAUCACUCUGAAGAUCACAUCCUCCACGGUGUGUGACCUCAGUCUGAUUGACUUACCAGGUAUCGCCAGGGUGGCUGUGAAAGGACAACCAGAUGACAUUGGAGUCCAAAUCAAUAAUAUCAUUAAGAAAUUCAUAAAGAAUAAGAUAACCAUUAUUUUGGCGGUGGUACCAUGUAAUGUUGACAUAGCAACAACAGAGGCCCUGAAAAUGGCACAAGAAGUGGAUCCUGAAGGCACAAGAACUAUGGCCAUUCUGACAAAGCCAGACCUGAUAGACCCGGGAGCAGAGAAGAAUGUGUUGGAAAUUGUCCACAAUAGAGUCAUCUUUCUCAAUAUGGGUUAUGUCAUUGUGAAAUGUCGUGGUCAGAAGCAAAUUGAUGAAAACAUGUCCAUUACUGAUGCGAUUGAGGAGGAGUUGGUGUUCUUCAAUAAUCAUGAGCACUUCAGAUCCCUUUUGCGUCAGGAGAAGGCAACCACCAAGUGCCUAGCCACCAAGCUCAGCAAUGCCCUGGUCAAACAGAUCAAGAAAUAUCUGCCCCAGAUGUCAGAGAAGAUAAAGGAGCGGCUGGGGCAGGUAAAGCAUUUAUUGAGUCAAAUAGAGGGUGGGCCUCCAAUGGAACCUGCAGAGAAGAGGAUGUUCCUCAUUCAGGUCAUAACAGAUUUCAAUGAGCAGAUUACCCAACUGUCCAAAGGGGAUAUUAUCGUUGAGGAGAAUCUAUUUGUGUUCAUGCGAAAGGAAUUUACAGAGUGGAUGGAAUGUCUGAAAAAUGCCAAAUCACAUUGCCACGAAGAAGUGCAACAAGUGGUGGAUGAAUACGAUCAGGAGCACAGGGGAAGUGAGCUGCCAGGAUUCAGUAACUACAGGGUAUUUCAAAAUGUUGUACAGAAACUAGUGGCUGAACUUAAGAUACCAGCUAUGACGACACUACAGAAAAUCAGAGACAUGGUGCAGAAGCAAUUUGAUAGUUUGUCCAAAGAGAGCUUUCAGAAAUAUCCUUGUCUUCAUCAAGUCUCAAUGAAAAAAAUUGAAACAAUCCAGGAAAAGCAGUCAAACAUAGCGAAGGAGAGAAUCAUGGAGCAGUUUGAGAUGGAGAUGCAGGUCUACACACAGGAUGAAAUCUUCAACAAACAUAGUCGAAAGGAGGGAACAGCAGAAGACUCAGAUCACGACACCAGGAGCAAGUACCCUGGGCUGCUCAAGGCAUACUAUGAGAUUGUGGUGCAAAGACUGGCUGACCAGGUGCCCAUGCUGAUCCGUUACUUCAUCCUGAAGCAGUCAGCCAAGAUUGUGUGCUGUGAAAUGGUGGAUCUGCUACACAGAGAUAACAUUGAUAACAUUCUACAGGAUGUUUCAGAGAUCGGAGAGCAUCGUGCAAAGUUGCAGGCCCAAGUGGACCGCCUUAAACUGGCCAAUGACAAAAUCAGCAGCCUCUGAGAGUGUGAUGUCUUGUCAGUUACAAAAUUCAGAGAUGUUGCCAGAAACAUGUUAAUAUAAGUAUAACCAGAUUUUUGGAAACGGCAUCUAAUGGCCAAAUGUUAUUUAUUUUAAGUAAUGAGUAAAAUAAGAUAUAAUUUGUAUAUUUGUGUUCAACAAAUGUAUGAGAUUGGCUAAGAUCAGUGAGAUGCUGUAAUGACGACACCAGUGAAAUCCUACAGGAGGAACAAGAGAUCAGCCGGAAACGUAAAAGAUUGUAGGACCAAGCGGAUCGCCUUGGACUGGCCAAUGACAAGAUGAGUAGACAGUGGUUGACAAUUUGUCAAUGCAGAAAUUCUGAGAUAUAUAUGUUGUCUCUAUGACUAUCAUUUGUGAAGACUGUUAUUUCAUCAAAUCAUUUCGCUGUGUAAUUAUUAUUACGUGAUUAAACUAAUCUUGUAAACUUUAAUUAACUAGGAAGUCGGGGGCACCACGGGAAAAUGUUUAUAGAGUACCUAUUUCCCGAAUUGACUCUUCAGAUAUUUUCAUAUCUUAUCGA